AUGGUAAAUGAUUGGGUAUAUGUCAACAUCAUUUGGGAGGAGAGACUGGCGCAUCCGAUUGCUGGUCACCUAACUAUAGAGGCAAUACGUCCGGUCCUAAAACAAUGGCUUGACCGGGACCAUGGCCCUAUAACAUUCCGAGUGACGCAGGUCCUCUCAGGACACGGAUGUUUCGGACGAUAUCUGUGCAACAGAUUGGGCCGAGAACCGACGCCGAUAUGCCACGAGUGCGGUGCUGCCGAAGACACGGCACAACAUACGCUGGCUGUAUGCCCAGCUUGGACAGAACAGCGGGCCACACUCGUGGCUGUAGUAGGGCGCGACCUCUCCCUGCCUGCCGUGGUGAAAACUAUGGCAGACAGCGAGAGAUCAUGGAAAGCGGUGGUCUCUUUCUGCGAAGAUGUAAUAUCUAGGAAAGAGACCGCGGAAAGAGAAAGGGAAGAAGAUCCAGCCUCCCAACCGAUGCGCCGCAAGCGCGUAGGACGGAGGCGUUUGGCGUACGACCGUCGACUUCCCCCUUAAGGGUACCCGUGGGCGGCAGGCUCGGGGACGCCUGUCGCCUACACGAGGGUCCCUGGGAUGGCCAGUACGCCGACUGAAUGGCGCACUUUUAAAGUGACAGAGGAAUACUUCCUCCAAAGUCGAGUCCAAAGAUCGGACAGCCGCUGGCGGGGUUUCGGAAGCAUGGUCUCGGUCGUUUCCCGUGCCCCGCCUUAUAGCCUUGAGGCGGCAAACAGAGGGGUUUUAGUGGGUAAACCUGGGGUCUCAUUAGCCCACAACAGGGAGUCCCACAUAACCAUCCCGGCCCGUCCCCGCGCCGGGUGGUAUGCGUAACGCAUUUCCCCUCUUAAAA